AUGUCUGUGUCCUCCUUCGGAAGUAUUAAAAUUUUAAGCAGUGGAAUACCAGCAAAGCGAGAGCAGCGUGGCGCAGUGGAAGCGUGCUGGGCCCAUAACCCAGAGGUCGCAGUGGAAUACCAGCAAAGCGAGAGCAGCGUGGCGCAGUGGAAGCGUGCUGGGCCCAUAACCCAGAGCAGUGGAAUACCAGCAAAGCGAGAGCAGCGUGGCGCAGUGGAAGCGUGCUGGGCCCAUAACCCAGAGGUCGGUGGAUCGAAACCACUCGCUGCUAAUCGUUUUUCUGCUCCACCAUGUCGUUGGACUGCCUCCUUAGUUAAUUCACUUUGUAUGUCUGCAUCCUCCUUCGGAAAUAUUAAAAUUUUAAGCAGUGGAAUACCAGCAAAGCGAGAGCAGCGUGGCGCAGUGGAAGCGUGCUGGGCCCAUAACCCAGAGGUCGGUGGAUCGAAACCACUCGCUGCUAAUCGUUUUUCUGUCCUCCAUGUCGUUGGACUAACCUCCUUAGUUAAUCUUGGUAUGUCUGCGUCCUCCUUCGGAAAUAUUAAAAUUUUAAGCAGUGGAAUACCAGCAAAGCGAGAGCAGCGUGGCGCAGUGGAAGCGUGCUGGGCCCAUAACCCAGAGGUCGGUGGAUCGAAACCACUCGCUGCUAAUCGUUUUUCUGCUCCUCCAUGUCCAGUGGAAUACCAGCAAAGCGAGAGCAGCGUGGCGCAGUGGAAGCGUGCUGGGCCCAUAACCCAGAGUAGUGGAAUACCAGCAAAGCGAGAGCAGCGUGGCGCAGUGGAAGCGUGCUGGGCCCAUAACCCAGAGGUCGGUGGAUCGAAACCACUCGCUGCUAAUCGUUUUUCUGCUCCUCCAUGUCCAGUGGAAUACCAGCAAAGCGAGAGCAGCGUGGCGCAGUGGAAGCGUGCUGGGCCCAUAACCCAGAGCAGUGGAAUACCAGCAAAGCGAGAGCAGCGUGGCGCAGUGGAAGCGUGCUGGGCCCAUAACCCAGAGGUCGGUGGAUCGAAACCACUCGCUGCUAAUCGUUUUUCUGCUCCUCCAUGUCCAGUGGAAUACCAGCAAAGCGAGAGCAGCGUGGCGCAGUGGAAGCGUGCUGGGCCCAUAACCCAGAGCAGUGGAAUACCAGCAAAGCGAGAGCAGCGUGGCGCAGUGGAAGCGUGCUGGGCCCAUAACCCAGAGGUCGGUGGAUCGAAACCACUCGCUGCUAAUCAUUUUGCUUCUCCACCAUGUCCAGUGGAAUACCAGCAAAGCGAGAGCAGCGUGGCGCAGUGGAAGCGUGCUGGGCCCAUAACCCAGAGCAGUGGAAUACCAGCAAAGCGAGAGCAGCGUGGCGCAGUGGAAGCGUGCUGGGCCCAUAACCCAGAGGUCGGUGGAUCGAAACCACUCGCUGCUAAUCGUUUUUCUGCUCCACCAUGUCGUUGGACUGCUUCCUUAGUUAAUCAUUGUAUCUCUGCAUCCUCCUUCGGAAAUAUUAAAAUUUUAAGCAGUGGAAUACCAGCAAAACGAGAGCAGCGUGGCAGUGGGCCAUGGGCCCAUAACCCAGAGGCAGUGGAAUACCAGCAAAGCGAGAGCAGCGUGGCGCAGUGGAAGCGUGCUGGGCCCAUAACCCAGAGCAGUGGAAUACCAGCAAAGCGAGAGCAGCGUGGCGCAGUGGAAGCGUGCUGGGCCCAUAACCCAGAGGUCGGUGGAUCGAAACCACUCGCUGCUAAUCGUUUUUCUGCUCCUCCAUGUCCAGUGGAAUACCAGCAAAGCGAGAGCAGCGUGGCGCAGUGGAAGCGUGCUGGGCCCAUAACCCAGAGCAGUGGAAUACCAGCAAAGCGAGAGCAGCGUGGCGCAGUGGAAGCGUGCUGGGCCCAUAACCCAGAGGUCGGUGGAUCGAAACCACUCGCUGCUAAUCGUUUUUCUGUUCCUCCAUGUCGUUGGACUGCUUCCUUUAGUUUAAUCAUUGCAGUGGAAUACCAGCAAAGCGAGAGCAGCGUGGCGCAGUGGAAGCGUGCUGGGCCCAUAACCCAGAGCAGUGGAAUACCAGCAAAGCGAGAGCAGCGUGGCGCAGUGGAAGCGUGCUGGGCCCAUAACCCAGAGGUCGGUGGAUCGAAACCACUCGCUGCUAAUCGUUUUUCUGCUCCACCAUGUCCAGUGGAAUACCAGCAAAGCGAGAGCAGCGUGGCGCAGUGGAAGCGUGCUGGGCCCAUAACCCAGAGCAGUGGAAUACCAGCAAAGCGAGAGCAGCGUGGCGCAGUGGAAGCGUGCUGGGCCCAUAACCCAGAGGUCGGUGGAUCGAAACCACUCGCUGCUAAUCGUUUUUCUGCUCCACCUUGUCGUUGGAUAACCCCCUUAAUUCAUCUUGGCAUGUCUGCAUCCUCCUUCGGAAAUAUUAAAAUUUUAAGCAGUGGAAUACCAGCAAAGCGAGAGCAGCGUGGCGCAGUGGAAGCGUGCUGGGCCCAUAACCCAGAGGUCGGUGGAUCGAAACCACUCGCUGCUAAUCGUUUUUCUGUCCUCCAUGUCGUUGGACUGCUUCCUUAG